AUGAAGGCGAAUGUUGAAGAAAUGGGCAAUUCAAACCACAGAUGGGACAUGGCAAAGCUGGAUGUUCACUGUCACAGACAGACUCGGAGGUGCAGACAGCGGGGCAAGGCUGACGUUGGCAGGAGCUUCCACAAGAAUGCUAUCCUCCGUACUCCGUUUUGCAUGGCCCGGCGCAGCUCGCACCCCUCCCUUCCAGACUCUCAUUCAUGCGCAAAGCAGUACUGUACCGGUAACUUGAGGACGUCGAGUUAUUCCAAGGCUGGUUUACUGAAUUGGUCCGAAGAAUUGGGAAUGUUGCUGCACACCACCGGAGCUGGAAUUUUCAUUCGGAGUAACCUUUGA